AUGAAAGUAUUAGCUGCUGUUUUAUUGUGCAUUCUGAUAGUCGGCGAGGCCCGUGCUCAGUAUUCUGGAUGUCGAAACCCCAAUCAACGGACUGGACUUUGUCUCCAUAUCUCCUUGUGUACGACCCUUAUUUCCGUUUUGGAGAAGAGCAGCCUGACCGAUUCGGAGAAGCUAUUCAUCCAGCAAUCCCGUUGCGGAAAUAGGAAGAAUAACCAGAUCUUUGUCUGCUGUACUAGAGAUAAAGAUUUUGACAGAACUGUUACUAUUUGGGAUGGCAAUACCAAUUUUGUUAGCAGGCCUCCUCCCAUUUUAAACCAUUUUAAUUUGCUUCCUGAUCAAAAUUCUUGUGGACGUGAUAUCGUCAACACCAAAAUCCUGAAUGGAGAGGAAGCGGUACCCAGUGAGUUUUCCUGGAUGGUAUUGUUGGAGUAUCGUCCCCCAAAUGGAGGUGAUCUAGUAACCAAGUGUGCGGGAUCGCUGCUCAAUCGUCGAUAUGUUUUAACAGCAGCUCACUGUCUGGUUGAUACACCGGUCUCUGUAAGAUUGGGUGAGCAUGACACUCGUACCGUUGAGGAUUGCCAAGGAGGAAUAUGCUAUUCAGAAGCUGUAACAAUAGGCAUUGAAGAAAUACACAGUCACGAAAGAUAUGUCGGCGGAUCCAAUAAACUGAACGAUAUUGGCAUACUCCGUUUGGCGAGAAUGGUUUCCUAUUCGUCAACAAUUGGACCUAUAUGUCUGCCCUCGAUUGUGGGCAGAGUAAGGAUGCAAGCCGGUCAGCAUUUCACCGUGGCAGGAUGGGGUCGUACUUUGGAUGGCAUCAGUAGUCCCACCAAACAGAAAGUGCAGGUUCGCCUUUGGGAGUAUGAGGAUUGUCGUCCUAAAUACUUAUCUAAGAAGAUCGCCUUGGAACCCAUUCAGAUUUGCGCUGGAGGUGAAGAUCUGGUUGAUAGCUGCGAUGGAGAUUCUGGAGGACCAUUGAUGUCAUACCACAAGGGUGUUUGGGUCCUGCAAGGAAUCGUGUCUUUAGGGUACAAAUGUGGUCAAAAGGGUUGGCCUGCAGUCUACACCAACGUGUCUGUAUAUGAUUCUUGGAUUAGGGAAAAAGUGAGGCCUUAG